CUGGACACAUGUCUGCUUCUUGUUAUUCUAGGGCUGCUACUGCUGUUACUAGUACGGAAUCCGAAGGGACAUUCUCCGUCAGGCUCAUCUCAAUUAGGUGAGGACUUCACUAGUAACGGUCCAGAAUUCGCAACGCGGAUCAUCAAGUGGGAAUCAGACAUGUCGUUCGUGCCAACUAACACGUCUGAAUUCCUCACCGACGAGGUCCUUGCUAGAUGGAAUACAAUAAUGCCAGCACGCACAGGGUUUGGCCCUCCUGGCCAAGCAUUCUCAACAACCUCAAUGACUCAUCAAUUGCACUGCGUUUACAUGCUGGGCCGAACCUACUCCGGCAUCAUAUCCGGCAAGACCCAAGACCUUCCCCAGGACUACCACGCCCACUUCUUCCAUUGCAUUGAUUACCUCCGGCAGGCGGUUAUGUGCUCCGCGGAUUUAGCACUUGAGUUACAUAAGGUGACCGACGCAGACGAUUUGGGGGCUGGUGAUGGAGGGUGGAGUGGACGGCAUGUGUGUAAAGACUAUAGCCAAGUGAUUAGUUACCUAGAAAGGCAAAUUUCGGACGGCGUGAGAAUAGUGUUACCUAUUGACGACUGA